GAAAGUCUCCUUCGGGACGAUAAUGUCAUAUACGAAACUGCUGUGUGUUCUGCCGGCCUGCCGCCAGGUGUCGCUGUGUGUCGUGCUGGCCGCCAGUGAGGCGAAGAAGAAGAGCUGCCAGCCGGCUCUGAGCAUCGAUGAGUUGCCCUCGCUGUACACCCGGCCGGAGGCGGAGCCUCGGCACGCGGCGCCGGAGGACGGGCCGCUGGAGCAGAGCAUCGCGUCGCUGAGGGAUCUGGUGGAACCGUACACGACCCGGUGCCAGCUAACCGGUCGAGCUGCAGUGGAGAAAGUUGAGAGCGUGUACAGGACCGUUGAGCCGACGAUCAACACCUGCAUGACGACCGUCACAGACGCGUACCAGUUCCUCCGUGACCCCCCAGCUGACCUCUACCCCAGCGUUGCGGCGGUGGGCUUCUCCGGCUUCCUGGGACUUUAUUUGGCCAAAGGCUCUCGGGUGAAGCAGCUGCUGUUUCCUGUUGGCCUGAUGGCGCUGAGCGCCUCCAUGUUUUACCCCCAGCAGGCCGCGGCGUUGAUGAAGGGGGGUCGGCACACGGCGAGCAGCUGGGCCCAGCAGGGCCGCGUCGCCAUGGAGACGCUCUGGAAGGACGCCCCGCUGGGCAAAAAGAAGAAAAACGAACGAACGAAGAACGACACCAACGACGGCUGAGAAGACACACACACAUAAACACAGACACACAGAUACACACACAUAAACACACAGACACACACACAUAAACACAGACACACACACAUAAACACACAGACACACACAAACACACAGACACACACACAAACACACAGAUACACACACAUACACACAUAAACACAGACACACACACAGACACACACACAGACACACACACAUAAACACACAGACACACACACAUAAACACAGACACACACAUAAACACAGACACACAGAUACACACACAUACACACACAUAAACACACAGACACACACACAGACACACACACAUAAACAGAGACACACACACAGACACACACAUAAACACACAGAUACACACACAUAAACACAGACACACACACACAGAUACACACACAUAAACACAGACACACACACAAACAAACACACAUAAACACACAAACACACAGACACACACACAUAAACACACACACACAUAAACACACAUACACAAACACACAGAUACAGACACACACACACACAUAAACACACAGAUACAGACACACACAUAAACUCAGACACACACAGAUACACACACAUAAACACACACACACACAGAGACACAGACACACACACACAGAUACACACACAUAAACACACAGACACACACACAUAACAGACACACACACAUAAACACACAGAUACACACAGACACACACACAUAACACACAGACACACACACAUAAACACAUAGACACAAACACAGAUACACACAUAAACACACAUUCAUAAACACAGAUACACACACACAUAAACACACACAUAAACACAGACACACACAUAAACACAGACACACACAGACACACACACAUAAACACACACACAUAAACACACACACACACACACACAUAAACACACACACACACAUAAACACAGAGACACACACACACACACACAACUGUACGACUCCUGUAGAUGCAUUGCUCACAUAUUAACACACUUGGGAUCACCCUCCUCCUACUCCUCCUUUGUUCCUCAUCUUGCUCCUCUUCCUCCUCCAUCAUGAUUUCUCACAGAUUCUCAGUUCAGAGUUUAAACUCUACAGAAUAUUAAUUCAUCUUUUUGAUGUUUCCAGUUUCACAAAUGUGAGAAUUCACUUAUUUUAUUCUUAUUUUGUAUUGAAUUGAUUAUUUUUGACCUAUUUUAUUGUCCAAAGCGUUUAUCAAUAACUAAUAUUAAUAGUUUCUAUCGCUGCUCCUCAAUAUUGUCUCAACACAUCAGGAAGAAGAAGAUUAUAGAGAUUAGAGUUCCUCCACAACUCGUCCACAGGGUUCAACGAAAGGGAUUUUAUUGUUUGUUAUUUUUGAGACAUUUAAAGACUCUUUAGAUAAGAUAUUUCAGUAUUUUGGGUAUUUUACUGGACAGAGUGAAUUGUUCUGUUUUGUUUUAUUGGUUUAUGAAUGUUUUUAUUAAUAAUCCCGUUGUUUAUCUUUCAAUGAGGUCUCACAAUCUGAUGUUUCUCUGUAAUCUGCAAAAACAACAAAUUUAAGAGAAUAGAAAAUACAAACAAGCUGAAAUAAAGAAAUGAGGUUAUUAUAUAAACAAACUAAUAUCGCAAGCUUGUGAUGGUUUUUUUCUCGUUAUUUUUUUUUAAACACAUCCAUAUUUUUGACAAAAUAUUAUUUAUUUCAGUUUGAUGCUGAUAUUAAUCCAGUGAAGGCCAAAUCAUGUUUGUUAACGAGCUACAUGUGUGUUCUUGUCGACUAAUGCUCUGUGUAAAUGUAUGUGUGUGUAUAUAUAUAUAUACACAUAGCCAUAUGUGUGUAUAUAUGUGUAUUGUGUGAGGUUUUAUUUAAAUGCAAUGUCAUUAAAUGUGUUAUCUGACA